AUGUCAUACUACAACAUCCAACCCCACCACAUCUUUGGCCACCGCGCCACCCGAUCCCCCUCACCAUCCCCUUACACUCCUCUCGACCACCCCACCCCGCACCACCAUCGCGCCACCCCUACCUCGUCUCCAUUCGCUGGGAUGGGCUACGACCUUGACGAGGAGGAGCGCGCCACCCUCGCUCACCUUCGGCACCUCCAGCAGCGGCGCGAGGCUCAGCAGGCGUCCAUCCAGCGCGAGGCGGCUAUCCGGCUUCGAGCACAGGAGGAGCGGGAGGCGGCGAUCCGUCGUGCUGUCGCCGAGAAGAGGCGGGAGCUGGCUAUUGCGAAGGCUAUCGAACAGCAGAGGGAGCAGGCGAUCGCGGAGGCGGUAGCUAGGGAGAAGGAGCGCAUUCGGGCGGCCAUCAUCGAGGAGCACCACCGUCGUCAGCAGGAGGAGGAGGAUCGCCACCGCCAGCUCGUCGCCCAGCACCGGGAACGCCUCGUCCAGCACCGGCAGCAACAGCAGCGCGCCGCCCAGAUCGCCGCUAUCAACCAGGCUCGUCAGCAGCAGAUCGACCAGGCUAUCGCUAGCAAGGUCGAGUGUGCCAAGCGGUGCGCAGGUCGGUACGCCCAGCGCGCGGGUCAGCACGCCGUCAAGGAGGUCAAGAAGGAGUACAAGGAGGAGUACGAGGCGAUCAACAACUUGCUCGCUGGUCUCUUUGGGAUCAGCCUCGCCGAUGUAGAGGAGAAGAAGGAGGUGGCGACUGAGCCCAAGUCCACUCCCACUCCCACCCCUGCCCCGGCGCCUGCAGGUACCCAGACACCGGCUCCUGCGGCCACCCCCGCCCCUUCCACUGCGCCCGAGCAGACCGGCAAUGCCUUCCCGGAGCACGUCAACGAACUCCUCUCCCACGUCCUCGGUCUUCGCGUCGAACCUACCACUGAACCGUCACCCAAGCUCACCUCGGUCCCUUCCACCGGUAACGCAGUUCCUCAAGGCCUGAACGAGUUCCUCUCUCGCUUCGGUCUCGUCUUCGAGCCUGAGUCUCUCGACUCCGAGAAGGAAGCUCAGGCUGCACCCACCGCCCCCGCCCCCGCGCCCUUUACCGCCGCCGAGCCCAAGAAGGUCGAGGUCGCUCCCACUUCCGUCGCGGAUCCUCCUGAGCCCACUCUCCCCUCCCUCGUCCUCCCCUCUACCUCGGCUCCCGCCGUCGCAUCAUCCUCGCAGCCCCAGGCUCGUCCCUCUACCGACGAGCAUCCGCUCACCACCUUCCUGAACGGUAUGGCAGACAUGCCGCCCUUCGUCCGCGACAUCCUCGGUAACGUCGAGAUGGCUUUCAAGGAGGAGCAGCACCGGUCUGAGCAGGGUCAGAAGGAGGAGGCGGUGAACUGCAAGGGCAAGGCUGUCGCUGAGGGGGAGAAGAAGGCACCUGCUGUCGUCACCGCCCCUGUCGUCGCUCCGGUCCCGGUCGAGUCUACUCCAUCUCCGACUCCGGCUCCUGUCCCUACCACGACCGCCGCUCCCGAGGUCGACAACACUGCCUCUGCCCUCUCCACCCUAUCUACCAUCUCCUCGGACCUCUCGCUCGUACGCGACUCGUUCGACUUCCCCUCCACCCUCUCAUUCGCCUCUCCCUCAUCUACCGACCCCUCCCCACCCGCGCUCCUCUUCAACAAGGCCAACUCGGGGUACCACGCCCAGACCCACAAGCUCCUCCAGCUCCUCUUAGCCGCGGACGCCAUCAACUCGCAGGGCAAUAAGGAGGUCCGCCGGCGCCGCAAGGAGGUUGUCAGGGAGGUCGAGCGCGAGAUCGAGGGGUUGGAGAAGCGCAGGGAUGAGGUGUGGGAGGAGGUGAAGGCGGCGAGGGAGCGCGGGGAGACCGAGCACCUCGAGCACCACUCUGCCUCGUCUUCGUCGUGCGGAAGUAGCGUGGCGGAUCCCAGCGAGGUACGGGAGCACGAGGAGGAGGUCAAGGGGUUCGAGGUUCCCGCCGAGUCCACACCCACCGUCCCUGAGCCGGAACCCACUUCUGCCCCCGUCGACACCGCUUCAGUACCCGCCCCUAACUCGGAAGUCGAGGAGAAGAAGGUGGAUCCCAGGGCGGCCAGGGUGGACAAGGAGGAUGAGUUUGAGCUGGUAUAG